AUGAAUGGAUCAUCCACAUCAGCUCUGGACUGCGGAGUGGUGUACGGCACACCUCAUGUCUAUGGCACUGCAUCAGGCCAACUACUAGCUUCAAGUCUCGAGCUCAGCUUCUGGGGUGGGGUUGACCAUGGGACUGGAAUUGUGAUUGACCGCUCCCACCCCCUCGUUGGGCAGUGUACGAAGCAUAAGAUCCUGGCGAUACCUGGCGGGCGAGGGUCAUGUUCAGGGUCCGCUACCAUCCUGGAGUUGAUUAUGAACGGUAAUGGACCAAGGGCAUUGAUCUUUGAGCGCACCAACGAGAUCCUUGCCGUAGGCGUCUUUGUCGCAGAAGAGCUGUUUGGAGAGAAGAUACCCAUGGUGCGCCACAUGCCUGAGCUAUCGGACACUGACAGGGCCAUGCGUUCAGGUAACUGCGAAAACGGUGGAUACAUGAAAGCUCAAGGACUGGCCAUGGCGAUCAUCAUAAGAACUGCUUCAAUCAUGAAGGCCCCAUCUUUGAUGUCCAGCGAUGAGCUUGCAGAAGCCUUCCUCAGCAUGGGCGCGCAGAUGUCAUUCACAUGCGCGCCAUACCAACUCGACUCAGCACCCAAGCUCGGCGACCAAGUAGCGUUUGGCGAGUCUAAUGUCGUCCGCUACGCAAACAGCGUCCUCGGUGCAACAACAGCGAAGUACCCAAACAUGCUUGAAGCACUUAUCGCCUUGACCGGUCGCAUUCCACGAGCCGGCAUCCAUCUGGCAGAGAAUAGAGUACUUCAGAUCUCCAUCACUGCGCCGCCACAUCUACAUGAAACCCCGAUAGACGAUUCCUUCUGGCCCCCUCUCGGCUACGAAGUGGGCACCAAGACAGGCCCACAUAUCCCAUCAUUACUGGCCUCGACGGGACCUCCACGGCGCCACCACCCUCUCGCGAUUGCUGGAGCGCCAAUGUUUCACAUGCGCGGCAUCACGCCAGAAGCCGAGCAGCACAGAGCCAUCGCCGAAUCUGACUCACUGCCACGGACAAGCUUCAACCGGAGCCAUGCCUCUGAAGUCGCGCCGCGCAGUAUAGAUCUCGCUUCCCUCGGCAAUCCUCAUUCCUCCCUCCUCGAGCUGACUACACUUGCACGACUCGUCCACGGCCGCGCUAAACACCCUUCCACGUCUGUGAUCAUGACGACGUCGCGGGCACAGCACAGUCUCGCGACACAAGCCGGCUAUACAGCUGAGUUGGAGAACUUCGGUGUCCAGGUACUGACGGAUACGUGUUGGUGUUUUAUCCGCGAUCCGGUGAUAAGGGAAGACGUACAGUGCAUCAUGACCAACUCGGGGAAGUACGCACACUACGGGCCUGGGUUGACAGGGCGGGACAUCUGCUUUGGGAGUCUUGCGGAGUGUGUCGAGACGGCAUGUACUGGGCGCUGGGAAGCAGAGGUGCCCUUAUGA